CGUUUCCCAUCGAGCUGGUCUUGCUGCCGGCCCAGCCUGACUUCCGGGAAGGGGAGCCCUGGCGGCCGGGGACGUAAACAUGUCGAGCUUCUCUCGGGCGCCCCAGCAAUGGGCCACUUUUGCCCGAAUGUGGUAUCUCUUAGAUGGAAAGAUGCAGCCCCCCGGCAAACUUGCUGCCGAAGCAUCGAGAAGGCUUCAAGGGCUGCAUAAGCCUGUGUACCAUCAGAUAAGUGACUGUGGAGAUCAUGUUGUCAUAAUGAACACACGACACAUUGCAUUUUCUGGAAACAAAUGGGAGCAGAAAGUCUACUCCUCCCACACCGGCUACCCUGGGGGAUUCAGGCAAGUGACGGCUGCCCAGCUCCACCUGCGGGACCCAGUUGCGAUUGUGAAACUGGCUGUUUACGGCAUGCUGCCAAAAAACCUUCAUAGGAGAACCAUGAUGCAGAGGCUGCACCUUUUCCCCGAUGAGGAUAUUCCGGAAGAUCUCCUGAGGAACUUGGCGGAGGAGCUCCCUCAGCCCCGGAAGGUGCCCCGGCGUCUGGACGAGUACACGCAGGAGGAGGUCGCGGCCUUCCCCAGAGUGUGGUCCCUGCUUCUUGGGGAUCUGCAGAUGAGCAUUUCAGUUCACUUCCUCAGGAGUGCCCUCCAGUACUCCCAGAUGAUUUACGCCCCCGUCUCCAGGCCUCAGCCACGCUCUCCUUGCCGUCUGCUGCGUCUCUGGACGUAAUGAAACCUGAAGACUACCGGCUGUAGGAGGCUGGAAAUUACAGCAAAUGCCCAGGCUGAGGGCUGCUUCUCCCGCUGGCCCCCCUCCCCCAGGAUGUGGCGAGGAAGACGCCGCUCCCAGUCACCAGGACGGCCGGGGGGCUGAAAUCACAGUGAAACACUUUACUUUAUAGAUGGGUGUGUCAUAAAUGUUAUGGGCUGGGGUUAGGGCCCAGUGGCACAGCGCCUGCCUGACAAGUGCAACGUCAUGAGUUGGAUUGCCACACCCACCCCCAAAAAUGAUAUAAGUGAUUGUAAUAAAACUGUUUGGUUAACAUGCAC